AUGCCGUUUGUUUAAUGCAAGCUGCGUUAUGAUUGGUCAGCCACACGUAUGUUUGUAUGUUUCAUCUAUGACAAUUUGAUGCUGACGGACGUAAAGUGGGUGUCAGUGUUUUCAGCGUCAUUGUGUCAGAAUGAUAAUAAACGCAAAGUGAUAAGUCACUUCCUAGAUAAUGCGUGAAUAUAACAUUGUUGUUUGUAAUGAAAUUUCAAUUAUCUUGUUUUGUUUCUUUGUGUAAAUGACAGACGUGCACUUAAGAUAAACGUGUCCAGGCAAGAUGUUCACGCAUAUCUUAUUUGUGAUCUUAUCAUUAUUGUUUACUGGAGCUGUAUGUGAUGAUGUGAUACAUUAUCAGCCAGAAGCUGUGCAUAUUUCUUAUGGUGAUAACAUUCAUGAUAUUGUUGUAACUUGGAGCACAAGAGAUGACACGAAAGAAUCAAUAGUAGAAUAUGGCAUUGGUGGGCUUAUUUUGAGAUCUACAGGGAAUUCUACUCUUUUUGUUGAUGGUGGUCAUCAAAAACAGAAACAAUAUAUUCACAGAGUAUGGCUGAAGAACUUAACUCCUAACAGCUUGUAUUUAUAUCAUUGCGGCAGUCGUUAUGGUUGGUCAAAUGUGUUUUAUAUGAAAACUGCACCUGAAGAAGACUCGGAAUGGUCUCCACAGAUAGUUAUUUUUGGUGAUAUGGGCAAUGAAAAUGCUCAGAGCUUAUCACGACUACAAGAAGAAACAGAACGUGGCUUAUAUGAUGCUGCCAUUCAUGUUGGUGAUUUUGCAUAUGAUAUGCAUUCGGACAAUGCACGUGUAGGAGAUGAAUUUAUGCGACAGAUUGAAUCUAUUGCCGCUUAUAUACCAUAUAUGACAGUGCCUGGAAAUCAUGAAGAGAAAUAUAAUUUUAGCAAUUACAGGGCUAGAUUUUCCAUGCCAGGUAAUUCUGAAGGCUUGUGGUAUAGUUUUAAUGUAGGGCCUGUACAUUUCAUAGGCAUAGAAACUGAAGUUUAUUAUUUUAUGAAUUAUGGUAUAAAACAACUGAUUAAACAAUACGAAUGGUUAGAGAAGGAUUUACAGGAAGCAAAUAAACCUGAAGCAAGAGCUGAACGUCCAUGGAUAGUGACAUUUGGACAUAGACCAAUGUAUUGCAGUAAUGCAAAUUCGGACGACUGUAAAAAUUACGAAAGUCUAGUCAGAGUCGGAUUGCCAAUUUUAAAUUGGUUUGGAUUAGAGGACUUGUUUUUUAAAUACAAAGUAGAUUUAGAAAUUUGGGCACACGAACAUAGCUAUGAAAGGCUGUGGCCUAUAUAUAACUUUCACGUGUAUAAUGGUAGUUACGAAAAACCGUAUACAAAUUAUCAGGCACCUGUACAUAUAAUUACUGGAUCAGCUGGUUGCAAGGAAGGCCGAGAGAAAUUUAUUCCGGACCCGCCAGCGUGGUCUGCGUAUCGUAGCUCGGAUUACGGUUACACAAGAAUGAAGGUGUUUAAUAAAACUCAUCUAUAUCUAGAACAGGUAUCAGAUGAUAAAGAAGGCGCUGUUUUAGAUCAAGUUUGGCUCGUGAAAGAGGAACCUUUGCCGCAUUACAUAGAAAUAUUUUAUCCUAAUGAUUUAGACUAAUGUAACACAAAUUUAAUCCUUCGUGGUCAGACGUGGGUCUCCCAGACUCACUCAAAAGUUUUAAGUGGAUAUAGUCUUUAGGAGAGAUGUUAGUUCAGCGCGAUACACAUCUGAAGAA